CCGACGUCAUCCCCCCGAGCCGGAAGCGCGUCCACACGUGUGUCAGUCCUUCAACUUUUUUCUUCUUUACAGACACAAAGUGCACAACCUCGUGUCAUUUUUUUAAUGAGGGAUUUAAUUACUCUUAUGGACCGAACAUCAUAGCCGUCCAUCGAGUUUAUUAUGCGUUCAUUCCGCUGCGCAUUAUUUACAUGUAGAGCGUUUAGAAGCAGUGAAGAGUAUCAGUGUGUCAGAUUCAUGGCCACACACACACCCAAAAAGCCCAAACCUCCUAAAGACACCCUGCGCCAUGUGAGGAUGAAGGAGAACCGCAGGCAGGGAGACCUGCACGGACCCGCCACCGUCUAUGUGCAGGUGCUCGGGGCUGGAAGUCGAGAUAAUGGACCUUCUCUUUAUGUCUUCUCUGAGUAUAACAGGUAUCUGUUUAACUGUGGUGAAGGAACACAGAGACUCAUGCAGGAGCACAAAGUCAAAAUUGCACGCUUGGACAAUAUUUUCCUCACCAGAAUGAGAUGGGAAACAGUAGGAGGUUUAUCAGGAAUGAUAUUGACCCUUAAAGACACAGGAGUGCCUGAGGUUGUUCUCUCCGGACCCACACAGCUGGAGAAAUAUUUACAAGCAAUAAAAGUGUUUUCAGGACCGCUGGAUCACAUUAAACUCUCUGUCAGACCUUAUUCAGAGCCUCCGUAUAAAGACGACACGAUGACGGUCACGCAAGUUCCACUUUUCUCUGACCGUAAGGCCGAGAGUGGCAGACGUUCCCCCGGCUUCAGCCGCGGCGCGAGUUCUAACAGCAGUACCGGUGUCAGCCUGCGGGGGGCGCUCAGGAGACUGGAGGAUUCGGAGGAACAACACACCAUCACGUCUAACGGAAGAUUAGUGAGCCCAGAUAAAAGAGGGAACGUCACUAGAGAUGCGUCGCUUGUGGUGGCUUAUGUGUGUAAGUUGCAUCCAAAGAAAGGGAAUUUUCUGGCACUGAAGGCUAAAGAGAUGGGUCUGCCUGUAGGGACAGCGGCCAUCGGACCAAUAAUAGAUGCUCUGAAAGCUGGAAACACUAUCACACAUGAUGGGAAAGAGAUUCGACCGGAAGAGCUCUGUACUCCGUCUGAUCCUGGACCUGUGUUCAUAGUGAUCGACUGUCCAUCAGAUGACUUCAUACAGCCGCUCUGCACCAAUCCCGUACUCCAGAGGUAUCAGACGGGUGGAUCUGAGGACACAGCCGCUCUCGUGGUUCAUAUGACGCCAGAAUCAGUGCUGAACUCAGAUCAGUACAAGAGCUGGUUAGAGAGGUUUCCCAGCAGCACUGAGCAUCUGGUGUUAAAUGAACAGAACAUCACAUCACACAACGUUCGCAGUCACAAACUCCAGACGCAACUGAACCUGAUCCACCCCGACAUCUUCCCUCAACUCAAACUCUACAAAUCUAAAGAGCCUCAAGCAUCUCUUCAUGUUCCUAACGUAAGAGCCGAGUGUCUGUUGAAGUUUCAGCUUCGACCCAAACUGGAGUGGCAGAGAGAUGCCAUCCCGUCCUGUGACCCUGAGGAGUUUCUGAAGGAGGCCGCUGACGUGCCUCAUUUCUUACAGGAGGUUGAGGAGUGCAGGAGGUUUCAGACGGACGAGUCUGUCUCUGUGACCGCCGAGCGGUUUCCAGAAAUCGUGUUUUUAGGCACCGGCUCGUCUCUGCCGAUGAAGAUCAGAAACGUCAGUGGAACUUUAGUGAAUAUCAGCUCGUGUCAGUCUGUGUUGUUGGAUUGUGGUGAGGGGACGUUCGGUCAGUUGUGUCGUCAUUACGGUGAUGAUGUCGAUGAAAUCCUCUCUAAGCUCUCCACCAUCUUUGUGUCUCACCUGCAUGCGGAUCAUCACACGGGUUUGAUUCAUUUGUUACUGGAGCGAGAAAGAGCUUUGAAUAAUCUAGGCAAACCGUUCAGUCCGGUGUACCUGAUCGCACCUGUGCAGGUGAUGACGUGGUUAAACCAGUAUCACGACCACUGCCAGGAGAUACUCAGCCAGAUCAACAUUGUUCCAGCAAAGUUUUUGUGUGACGGUGCGGAGACGCCCAAAGUCAAAACCAAAUCCUUCAUUCAGGCCGUGCUGAAGAAGAACGAUCUACUGAAGUUUCAGACGUGUUUAGUUCGUCACUGUAAGAACGCGUUUGCCUGCAGUUUGACACAUCAGUCGGGUUGGCAGCUUGUGUUCUCUGGAGACACGAUGCCCUGUGAAGCCCUCACUAAUAUAGGAAAGAACGCAACACUUCUGAUUCACGAAGCCACACUGGAGGAUGGGAUGGAGGAGGAGGCGUUAGAGAAGAGACACAGCACUACGUCUCAGGCGAUUGAUAUCGGUAUGAAGAUGAACGCCGAGUUCAUUGUGCUGAAUCACUUCAGUCAGCGAUACGCUAAGAUCCCGCUCUUCAGCGACGACUUCAACAGCAAAGUAGGAAUAUCCUUCGAUCACAUGAGGGUUAGAUUUGGAGAUUUUGCGAUUCUCCCGCGGCUCAUUCGGCCUCUGAAGGUUCUGUUUGCGGAGGAGAUUGAAGAGAUGGAGGAGAGGAGAGAAAGGAGAGAGAUGAAGAAGAGCUCUGAACUUCCAUCCAACGCAGACGAGACGAACAGAGGAGACAAGAGAGAGCAGGACGACGUAAACCAGGAGACGGCUAACAAACGACUCAAAGCAAACUGAUGGGUAACCGGUAAACCAAUCAGAGAGCAAGAGAACAAGCAGAAAGUGCUCAGAAAUAUAAUGUGGGUGAAGUCAGAACUGAGACUCGUCCCAAAACUAAAGAUUCGACAGUUUGAGCUGGAAAGUACAGUACCUUUAGUUUACUGGAAGUUUGACAUUUUAUUUCAACUUUCCUUCAUCUUGAAAAAAGAUGUUUCAGCGCUCAUGAAUGCAUUUGAUCUUUUCAGAAAGUAACUGCUUUGAAACUGAUGCGUUUUAUUUUGUUUGGUGUGCAGUGAUGAGUUAAGGCACUUGUACAUUUGUGUAUGUAAUAUUUCAUUAUUUUAUGUACAUGAAAUCACCAGUUAACUUAGGAUUGUUUUGGGGAAAUAAACUUUGACCUGUAGAAAUGCUUGACAUUAUAAUUUAAGUUUUUUAUUUAUUUGAAUCUUAUUAAAGGAUGAAUCAGG